ACCAGGAUGCUUCUUCUAGUCUUCAUGUAUGACUAGAGAUGGAUGGCAGACUCUUUACUUUGCUAUUUCUGAUCAUCUCAGCAUGUGGCGAAGCAGGACCUGAAGGUCUUUCCUGCCCCGAGCACCAACAGGCUUUCGAGAGCUCCUGCUAUGAGUUUGUGGCCCUGAAGAGCAGUUUCCUCAGCGCUCAGGCUUGGUGUGAGCGGGACGGUGGGCACCUGGCCUUCAUCCAGAGUGAUGAAACCCAGCACUUUCUCCAGAAACACCUGAAGGCGGAGCAGGACUGGUGGAUAGGACUAGUGUCUACCUCCAUCAACCUCGCUCUGGACACGGAAGAUGGCUUGAUCUGGUUAGAUGGUACAGAUGUGGUCUACUCAAACUGGCUCAGUGAGCCGAGGCUGGAAACUGGCUGUGGACACAUCAACACACACUCUGGGUUACACUGGAUGAUCUCAAGUAACUGUAGUCAGGAAUAUUACUUCAUUUGUGAGUUUGAACUGGGACGCUCUCUGUCGUGUACGGACAACACUAUCCUGCGGUGUGGCUCAGAUCAUGUGAUCGAGGUUGAGGAGAGUUUCUACGGAAGAAAGACGCCACAUUACUGCAGGACCAACACGUCAAGCCCUCGCGCAGCUUUACCUCAGCACUGCAGCUGGAUCGAUGUGCGGGAUUUAGUCGCAGAGCUGUGUAAUGGACAGCAGGUUUGCACGGCUGUGGCAGACGGUUCAUCUUCUGGAGAGCCGUGUCCUGACCUAGGAAGUUACCUGUCUGUGGAAUACCACUGCAAAAGCCAAGCCUCUGGUGUUAUUGUGAAAAGAUCUGCAGAUGAUGGUGGAGAAGAAUCGUUUGUUAAGGUGAUCAAAUUGAUUUUUCACUGCUCAAAUUGUAUAAAUAAGCCUGAUAAAAUCUAUUUGAAGCUAGAAAACCCUAACUGUGAUAAAACUAACUGGUAUGUGGAAGGAGACAGUAAGUCAAAGAAAAAGAAGGAAGACAGUUUUAAGGAAGACUGCUUAAAAAAUGGCAAAAAGGUGCUGAAACUACAAGACGAUGAUGAUGACACAUUGGAAGUUAAAGCUAAAGAGAUUGGAUCUUUCAAGAAGGACAUCCUCGUUGUGGUGGCUUGCCAAAAAGGUGGAACAACUUCUUAUGGGGAGUUCAUCAUAGUCUAUUCCUUAAUAGAGAUAGACAAGAAUAAGCUCAAGGAAGACGUCAAAAAACUAUUGACUCUAACUAAUAGAGCAGACGACACAGAAGAGAUCAAAGAGGAUCUUCUUUUAGAUAUAAGUGCAUUGUUAGAAGACUCUGAGGAACUCCAGGAACCCUCAGACGUACAGUUCUAUGCUGAUGUUUUGAAGAGCAUCAUUAAAGAUGAGGGCAAAGUGAAUGUUAAUGCUCAGGAGCUUGCUGGUUCCAUACUAGAGGUUCUUAGUGAAUCCCUCACAUCCUUCGAUCUGACUCCAGAUAACAUCAUUGCACUAACUGGAACAGUCAAAAUCCUCCUUGAGUCCGCUAGUCACAUUCUCGGUGCCUUCAAUAACGACAAAGAGUCUGACAUCAAUGGUUAUGUGGUCAAUGUAGUGGACAAUGUGCAGUCAUUCCUGCUAAUAAAUAAAUUACCUGAUCUGGAGCCCGACAUCAUCAUCACUCCUCAUGUCAGUGUUUACGUCAACAGGUUAUCUCCACCUAACCUCCAGAAAGAGCCUUUCAGUGUCCAGAACAGUCUAACCAGCUUCAAGCUUCCAAAUCUGGGCUCUGAUAUAAUACUGCCUGUAGAUGAGCCAGUGGAUGUGAAAAUGGCACAAUUUAACAUCGAUCCAUGGAUUGAAGGUCAGCCCAUUCAUAGUAUUGUGGCUGGUUUGUCCCUUUCCAAAACAGACGGCUCUGUCAUUCCAGUGGCAAACCUCACUGAGGAGAUUGAGAUCUUUUUACCAAGGCUGGUGGACACAGCAGUGAACAGCUCAGUUCUAGAUCUGAGAAACUUCAGCACUUCGACGAUCAAUAUAACCACCCCCAACAUUCCUCUGGUCUUAAAGUUACGUCCCUCUGAAGAGUUAACACUAGUGGUACUGCUGGGUUAUCAGAACUAUCCUACUGAGGAAAACCACGUGGCCAAAGUUACACUUCCUCAACAAGGAGAUUCACAAGACCAAAGGUACACAUGGGUACUGGGCCCCAGUGACAUGGCAAUAGACGUGGGCAUUUACUUCCUCCUGAUACGACCUGUUGUUCCUCCGGGCGUAAAAUCUGUUAAUGCAUCAGUAACAAUUACAUCCAUAACUGCUCAGUGCAUUUUCUGGGAAGAAACCAGAUCCAACUGGAGUGACUAUGGCUGUAGGGUUGGCCCUAAAACGACUGCAGAAGUUACUCAGUGCCUGUGUAACCAUUUAACCUUUUUUGGGAACAGUUUCUUUGUCAUGCCCAAUACGGUAGAUCCAUCCAAGUCUGCUGAGCUUUUUUCCAACUUUGCGAAUAACCCAGUGGUGGUGUGCUUUAUCGGGUCUAUCUUCUUAGCUUACAUCCUGACCGCGGCAUGGGCGCGCAGGAAGGACCUGCAGGACAAAGCCAAGGUGAAGAUUUCUGUGCUAGAGGACAAUGAUCCCUUCGCUGAGUACCGAUACUUGCUGAAGAUCAGCACUGGACAUCGCAUGGGAGCCUCCACUUCAUCGCGGGUUAUAGUGACUCUACAAGGUGCAGAGGGAGAAUGUGAGCCCCAUCACCUCACUGACCCCGAUAAGCCAGUGUUUGAAAGGGGAGGAGUGGACCUGUUCUUACUGACCACUGCCUUCCCAUUGGGAGAGUUGCAGAGCAUCAGACUGUGGCAUGACAACUCAGGAGAUCAUCCUGCUUGGUAUGUUAACUCAGUGAUGGUUGAAGACCUGCAGACUGAGCAGAAGUGGCACUUCUUGUGCAGCGCGUGGCUGGCUGUUGAUAUAGAUGAUUGUACUGUUGAAAGAGUGUUUCCCGUUGCAUCAGAGAUGGACAUGAAAGGCUUCAGCAAUUUAUUCUUCAUGAAGACAACAACAGACUUCUGUGAUGGCCACAUCUGGUACUCUGUGGUCAGUCGACCCCCCAGCAGUAACUUCACCCGUGUGCAGCGUGUCUCGUGCUGUUUCUCAGUGCUGCUCUGCUCCAUGUUGACCAGUAUCAUGUUCUACGGGAUUCCCACAGACCCCACUGAGCAGACAAUGGAUAUGGGCCAGAUUAAACUGACCUGGAGUCAGGUGAAGAUUGGCAUCCAGAGCUCCUUCAUUGUGUUCCCCGUGAACCUACUAAUUGUGGGAAUCUUCAGACACUCACGUCCCCGAAAAAAGAAGACAAAGAAACAAAAGGCUCAUAAGCAGCCUGAGCCUCCUCAGAUGGAGAAAGAGAUCCUGGAUGAGACCUUCUCUCCACAUGUUGAGAACAAUUUAACAGUAGAUUUCAUUAUCAAUGACAUACAGAGAAUCACAUACUUGUUUGGAAAUGCCAUGAGAUGCCCCGUCCUGAAAACACAGCAGAACCCUGAUCAAGCAGACCUCAGCACUUUACUGUCAGAGCUGCAGAACCUCAUCGAACAACAGCAUUUCAUACACAAAAACGAAACCUCCUCCGUUUUCUGGGCCUAUAGCCAUCAUCUUUCCAGACAACUUGAAAACUUGGAGGGAGAAGUGAAGCUGCUGGGGCCUUCAGGCUUUUCUAGGCCUGGGUGCUACAGCCAGGUUUUACUCCAGAUCCAGAGCAUGAAGAAACUGCUGGAAAGUCUCUGUUCCUCCAGACCCCUCAUUGAGCAGCGGACCCGUAGCUUGAGCCCCAAAAAAGACAGCGGCAGCAGGAAGGGUCUCCCAUGGUGGUUUGUGUUUGUGGGUUGGCUUCUUGUUGCAGCCACAAGUGUGAUAUCAGGAUACUUUACCAUGUUGUAUGGACUGAAAUAUGGAAAGGAUCGCUCGAUCAGUUGGAUAAUCACCAUUGCGAUGUCCUUCACUGAGAGCCUCUUCUUUACCCAGCCCAUAAAAGUGUUUUGUUUGGCAAUUUUCUUUGCAUUGGUGGUGAAGAAAAUCAGUUUUGAGGAUGCAGAACUUGUUGACUCUUUAAGUAAGAAAACAACCACUUGCUCAGAUGGCCUCAAUGGAGUGCGACUUGCUAAGAGGGAUUGUACACACAGCUUCUAUGAGCCUCCACCUUCCAGUGAUAUUGAAAAGAUUAAGAGAAACAUGGUCAAACAGCAGAAAGCACGGGCGCUCAUCAUGGAGAUUUUAGUUUUUCUGGGGUUCUUGUGGAUGCUGCUCUUGGUGGCAUAUGGUCAGCGAGAUGAAAAUGGAUUUCACCUCACACACCACAUCCGGCAGAGCUUCAGCAAUGGCAUUUCAGACAGUAUGAACCACAAUGAUGUGUUCUCCUGGGCUAAUAGUGUACUUCUUAGUAACCUGUUUGGAAAAUAUCCAGGCUUUAUAACGGAUGGAAACUCAAAACUUGUUGGCGGUGCUCGUCUUCGUCAAGUUAGGGUGACGAGAGACUCUUGCAUGAUUGCUAAGUCCAUGCGUCACGCUGUUCCCCACUGCAAUGCCCCUUACUCUUGGGAAAAUGAGGACAUGGGCUCUUACGGUCCAGGCUGGGAAGAGUUUAAUUUUGUAAAUGGCUCUGAGGACACCGUCACAGCUUGGCAGUACCAAAGCCAGUCCACGCUCAAAGCAGUCCCCGUUUGGGGUAUGAUUGCACUUUAUAGAGGAGGAGGCUAUGUUAUGGACCUCGGUUCUGACCGGCAAAACGCGAGCAGGAAGCUUCAAUAUCUAUUUGACUCCACCUGGUUGGAUGUGUACACAAGGGCGGUUUUUGCAGAGUUUACGGUGUACAACGCUAAUGUCAACCUGUUCUGCAUUGUCACGCUGAUACUGGAGAGCACUGCAGUAGGCGCAUUUCAGUUUCGCAGCGUGGUGCAGAGUGUCCGUCUCUACCAGUCCACAGGUGGCUUUCAAUCGUUUCUCAUGGCGUCUCAGGUCUUUUACUUCCUCUUCAUCGUCUACUACAUGUUUUUGCAGGGAAAGCUGCUGAAGCGGCAGAAAUGGGCAUAUUUCAAAAACAAGUGGAAUCUGUUAGACCUGGCCAUCAUCAUUUUAAGUUGGAGUUCAUUAUCAGUGUUCAUCAAGAGAACAGUGCAGGGAGACCAAGACAUUGAAUACUACCAGAAAGACAAAGAUCAGUUUCCCAGUUUCCACGACACAGCUGUCAUAGAUGCUACACUGGGAUAUCUCAUGGCUUUCUUGGUUCUCCUGGCCUGUGUGAAACUCUGGCAUCUGCUGAGACUCAACCCUAAACUACACCUCAUCACCUCCUCACUGCAGCGGGCAUGGAACGAAAUGUCCAGUUUCAUUGUGGUUAUCUUCAUUAUCCUCUUGGCCUAUUCUCUCUCUUGCAAUCUAAUAUUUGGAUGGAAGCUGUACUCGUACAAAACGUUCCCAGAUGCGUUCAAGACAAUCUUCAGUUUGCAGUUUGGCUUGUUCAAUUAUGAUGAGGUGAUGGAAUCUGAUCCCGUGCUCGGCGCUCUCAUCAUUUCCACUUGUGUCAUCUUCAUUACGUUUGUGAUACUGACCCUCUUUGUCUCAGUCAUCCUUGAGGCGUUCAGUGAAGAACAGCAGGAUCACCAGCCUUCUGAGGAAGAGGAAAUCGUCGACCUGAUUUUGGUGAAGAUCCUCAGUCUUUUUGGGAUCAAAUCUAAGAAGAAAGAAGCCGAAGAAAUUCAUCAUGGUGACAAGAAUACCUAGUCCUCAUCAUUGGCCUGUGCUCCUCAGAGGAUGUACAAACUGACCUUCUGCAUUUUUGUCUUCAGUUACUUAAUCAGCACAAAGAAAACAAA